ACUGCAGCAAAUCGGACUGCAAGACUCAAACCUGCGCUAAAAAGUACACGCCAUACGGCCAAUGCUGUCCAGCCUGCAAACCGGAUUACGACUACGCGUACUGUAUGUUAGGAGACAGAAAGUACAAAGACGGGCAAAGCGUUCCCUGUAGUGACCCUUGCAAGAUAUGCAUGUGUAAGGGCGGGAAGGUGGACUGCCAGCGACGAGGAUGCCCUAUCCCGGACUGCUAUGACUACUAUGUUCCGAAUGGCAAAUGUUGUCCCGUCUGCAAAGAAGCUGACUUGAGGUGUAUAGUGAACGGUACGAAAUACGAGAACGGUGCUUCCGUUCCUGAUGACAACCCAUGCCUGGUGUGCACGUGCAACAAAGGGAAUGUGGAUUGCAAAAAGAAAGAUUGCGCCAAACCCACGUGCCAGUAUCCAUAUAUCCCUGUCGGCCAAUGCUGUCCCGUCUGCAAUAACGGUUGUGUGGUCGAUGGAGUUAACCACGAAGAAGGUGAAGAAGUGCUGGCCGAUGACCCAUGUGACAUCUGCACGUGCUCCCAGGGUGACGUCGACUGCAUGCCCCGCGCAUGCGACCCGCUCACGUGCACGAACACCUACGUGCCGUACGGAGAAUGUUGUCCAGUCUGUAGAAGAGGUUGUACACUAAAUGGCGUGAACUACAAUGAAGGUGACACCGUCCCAGAUGAUAACCCGUGUGCCAAGUGCAAGUGCAUGAACGGUGACGUUACGUGCUCGUACACAAACUGCACCAAUCCGAAUUGCGACAACAGCUACACGCCGAAGGGAGAAUGUUGCCCCAAAUGCGUCGAAGGAUGUGAAAUGAAUGGCGUUACGUACAAGGAAGGCCAAACGGUCCCAGCUGAAAACCCAUGCGCAAACUGCGUGUGUCGGAACGGCCUCGUACGCUGUAACUACACCACUUGCGAACCGUUGACCUGUGCAAACAAGGUGAAACCGGCCGGUAAAUGUUGUCCCGAAUGUAGAGAAGUUUGUGUGAGGAACGGAAAGACAUACAAGGAAGGAGAAACGGUCCCGGAUGACAACCUAUGCGCUUCCUGCACGUGUCAGAAAGGUGAAGUCACGUGCACUUACACAACGUGCACCGCACUGACGUGUAAGGACCAAUACCGACCCCACGGCGAGUGUUGUGCCAAAUGCAGGGAGGGCUGUGUUAUGAACGGGAAGACGUACAAGGAAGGUAAUUAA